UCCAAGAGACAGAGGGAAGUGUGACCUUUUAUUGAAUAAACCUUCUGGCUGCACAUGCCUGGGACUGUGUGCCAUGGCCUGAGCAACCCAAUGGGGCCUGUGGGAAGACAUGUCCCAGACACCAGUGAUUGUUGUGAAACGCUGAUGCCAAGCACAUGAGAUGUGGGGAGGAAUGGAAGAAGCAGAGGUGCUGGGGAAAGCCCAGAAAAGUGUGCUGGGACUGGAGUGCCAUUGGCACCUGUGCAGCAGGUGAGGCCAGCUCAUUGUGAUGACCAAGCAACGGAUGGCGGAUCACUGUGGAACGGGUGGUGAUGCCUGUGAGUGAAGGUGAGGACAUGGCCAAGCGAUGGUUUGUGACAUCUCUGUGCAAUGGAUUGUGACUGCUCAGCCCACCCGGCUUGAACGCGGGUGCAGCAGCCCAGCCCAUCAGUUCGUGUCUGGCCUCCAACCGAGCGUGUGUGCGAGGACUGGAGUGUGGACAAGGCGAGCUUUGGAGCUGAAACGUGCUCUGGGUGCUGCUUGCGCAGCUCUCAGUGGCCGUCUCAGAGCCACUUGUGCUUUGCCCGGACCCUGCAGCAGCAGGCAACUGGGACAUUGCAGAGCGAGACGUGCAGCAGUGCAGUUUGUAAUACCUUCUGCCUGCUGCAGCAUCAGUGAGGGGAGCAGCUUCCCGACCUCAGCUCUCCCCAGCCCACCGCACAGCCCGGGGCCAUGGACGUGCCAUCCAACUGGACCUGCCCCGUCUGUGGGCAAGGUCGGGAGGAUGUCGCCCAUGUGACCCCCUGCCAGCACCAGCUUUGCUACGGCUGUGCCAUCUGGUGGGCCAAGCAGAAGCCGAGUUGUGCCGUGUGCGGGCACAAAAUAGCCACCAUCCGCUACUCGGUGAGGUCGGAUGACGAUUAUCUUGAGUGUUCCAUCCCGCAGCCCACGGGACACUCAGGUGAUGGCCUGCAGGAUGAGCAGGGGCCUGCAGAGCCGGUGCUCAUUCCACCUGAGCACAACUUCCCAGCCGAGGUCUGGGCUGCCUUUUUCCAUCAACAUCCGGAAGACCUCGCACCCCUGCUACAGUGGCUGCAGGAAGAGAUCCGGGAGAUGUCCAGCGACGACUGGUGGGAAGUGCAAGUGGGACAGUGGACCACUAUGCACUUCCUUUGUGAGCACGGGCUGGACGAGGCGACCUUGGUGCGGGAGCUGCAACCCAUCACCAACGGCGACGUGGCGCCCUUUGUACGGCGCCUCAUCCGCACCGCCGCAGCCCUGUACGGCCCCCACAUCCGCCGCCAGACGGACCAGCGGGACGGCCGUGCUGCAGGAGGGCGGGAGGACAGCCCUGCAGCCAGCCCCAACACCAGAGCCUCCCAUCGGGAUCUUCCUGCCUCAGGCAGCGAGGAGCUGCACGGCGGCUCCGCUGGGGGACCUGGGCACCCCGGCACCUCCAGUGCGAGCUCAGCGCAGGAGCCGCAGGAGGAGCCGGGGCAGGCAGCAGCAGCGGGCCCUUCCGCCCAGGGCAGAGGCCACUCGUGUGGGGGGCCCCGGCGCCCCCUGAAGAGGAAGAGCCGCAGCAGCCCCCAGGAUUCGCCCCCACCCCGCAAGAGGCGGCCCCGGCAGCGGCGCUAGGCCGUCAUCCCACUACCAGCAGAGCAUGGCUCCGGCGGGCUGGGAGGCCAACAUCUGCCUCUCGGCCGGCUGCUUGGAGAGAAAAUAAAAAUAAGUUAAAAAAAGAAACAGAAAAGGUCUCUGUGUUACUGGCAAGGCUGUUGGUGUUGCUGGCCCUGCCCAUGCUGCUUUCUCCCUCUGCUGCACCUGUGGGACGGUGUAGCCUCACAACUUUAUUUCCACAACCAUAAACUGGCACUCAUGACAGCACUAACAAAACACGUGUGGGCCCCAGGAAGUCCUUUUACAAGUUGAUUUGGUCAAUGAUUGGGAAAUGACAGACCAGAGGUUAAACUGAAACUAGCAAACCUGAAAACGUUUUCCACCCUCACCCCAAGAAUUUCCACCUGACACAAACCAUACAAAAUCCUGCACUCACCACCGCACAGGUUUCUUUUCUGAGUAACUUCACCUUUCUCCUUCGGGGAGGCAGAAACAAGAUUUAACAAGAAAGAAGUUACAAUGCUGUUGUCAGAGAUGUGCGGUGGGAGCUUCACUUUUCAUUUGAAGUCGCUUCAGUUCUCCACUCAGAGUUUCACUACAAGUUUCUUUGGCCUGUUCACUACCCAGAUACCCAGAUUCUGCUUCCAUUUUUGGCGGGCAAUGUUUCCACUUCUACACCUCUAGCUUACCAUGCAAUGAGAUUGCCAGAGAACAUCCCAGGAGUAUGGACCGGCUGCAGCAUAUCACUCUUCCAGGUGAUUGCACAUCCAUCACAUCUGUGGUGGAAGUGGCUGAAUAAUUCACAGCAGAUGGAGUCUAAUACGAUAGACAGCCACUGUGCUGGGGAACACACCCACCUUACCUGUGCUUUAUCACACGCCUCAGGUUAUGAGCCAAGCACUUACACACGAUCAAGCUUCGCAUCUGUACCUGGCAGAAAACUGUUGGAGCGAUCACAGAGAAUAUAAUCUUCUGAUCUCAAUUUUCCACAAAACUACUGCAAGUGGGAAGAUAAAUUUUCCUCUUUGGAAAUCAAGCCUAAUGUCUUCCUUUAUUGUUUUGGCUGGAAGAGACGCACAAAGCAUGAAGCAGUGAUAUUUGCUCCUGGGAGUCACUGAGUAUAUUCAGGACAGAAUAGGGACCUAAGCUAUUUGGAAGAAUGUAGAAGCAGCUUGAUGCUGAUAACAACAGAGUAACAUGUAUUCAAAGGGGAAAAAAAAGAAAAAUUCCUCAGAGCUCACAGUAUUAAAGGGGGAAUGGCUUAAAAAUUAAGAGGGAUAGGCUUAGGUUAGACGUUAGGAAGAAAUUUUUUACUCGGUGACAAUGAGGCACUGGAACAGGUUGCCCAUUCCUGGAGGCAUUCAAGGCCAGGUUGGAUGGAGCCCUGGGCACCCUGACCAAGUGGUUGUAGCCCUGUCCAUGGUAGGGGGAUUGGAACUAGAUAUUCUCUGACAUCCCCUCCAACAUAAGCCAUUCUGUAAUUCUCUGAUCAUUCUAUUAUGUAGGUAUUAUCGGGUGAAGGAACAGAGCCUAGUGCCAUCGUAAGCUCAAAAGGAUAUGAUGGCAACAAAUACAGAGAAGUUGGGAUUGCA